CUGUCCCAGCUGACAACAACUUCAGCAAAUCAACUUUAACGUUUUCUUUUUAAAUUCAACCUGCCCCGUCUUUUAUUACCCCGAGAAGUCAUUAAACGCCGUGGCAAACGUCAUUUAUUGCAUUAUUUUUAAAAUUGUUACCUGACCAAAAGAAAAGCCGGUUGGUGCUUUUGAGCAUUUAAAAGGCAGCCCUUCGCAACACCCCCCCACACACGCGUCUAGAGGAACACGAACCGCCGGGUCGGUUCUGUGCUUUGACUUCAUCGACUUCGGAACAAGUCGAUGAGAACAUGACCAGAAUGAUAAUACAGAGAAGGUUCCAAGUACAAGAGCUUGCAAAUCCUAAUUGGGAAAAAAAAAAGUGUGUUCUUCAGCUCCAUUGAAGCCCACUUCAAGAGGAGCCAGGUGCCUCCCACAUGUUUUGCAGUGCACUCCUCCUUCAGCAGAUCCCUCAGCGAUGGCCGGCGUCCGACCUGGAGCGGAGAGUCGGCGCAGCGGCGAAGCCGAGGAGCCCGACGGGGGCUGGAGCUGGGUGCUGGUGGGGGCCCUUUUCGUCAGCACCAGCCUGGUGUUCGGGCUCAUGCGCGGCUUGGGCAUCUUUUUUGUGGAGUUUGUGCAGUACUUUGAUGAGAGCGCUCAAGCCAUCUCGUGGAUCGCCUCCACCGGUCUGGCGGCGCAGCAGUUCUUCAGCCCCCUGGGCGCGGCCUUAUCCAAAGCCUACGACGCGGGGCCGGUGGUGAUGGCGGGAGGCUGCCUGGCUGGGCUGGGCUUGAUUCUGGCCUCGCGGGCCACCUGUUUGCUUCACCUCUACCUCACCAUGGGCCUCCUGACUGGUUUGGGCUGGGGCCUGGUUUUCACACCCAUGGUGGCCACGGUCAUGGCGAGCUUCCGCCAGCGGCGCAGCCUUGCCCUGGGGCUGGCCUUCUCCAGCAUCGGCCUGGCGUCGUUCACCUUCAACCCGCUCUUUCAGUUCCUGGUGGAGACGUACGCCUGGCGCGGGGCCUUGCUCAUCCUGGGCGGGCUCAGCUUCAACAUCGUGCCGUGCGGGGCGUGCAUUCGGCCACGGCGGCGGCCUAAGAAACCGGAGAAGGUCAAGGCGGCUACGGAGAGCAGGCAGUCAUGCGGCGGCGCCUUGCGGCAAGUGGCCUCCUACCUGGAGCUGUCGCUGCUGUGCGAGAGGCCUUACGUCACCUACGCUUUAGCCAUCAGCCUCCUCAACGUGGGCUACUUUGUGCCUUACGUCCACCUGGUGGCCCACAGCCGACACGCCGGCUUCUCCGAGUACCAGGCCGCCUUCGUCAUGUCCGCCGCCGGCGUGACCGACAUCCUGGGCCGCGUGGCCUCGGGCUGGUUCUCGGACCGGGGCCACUUCCGCCUCAUCCACCUACUGAGCGCUUGGACCACGCUGGCCGGGUUGUCCAUCAUGCUGUUGCCAGUCAGCUCCAUGCGGGGCUCCUACGCCGCCCUGGUGGGCGUCAGCCUCUUCUACGGCUUCUCCUCGGGGGCGCUGACCUCGCUGGCCUUCACGGUGGUGCCGACGGUGGUCAGCGCCGAGCGCGUGAUGGGGGCGCUCGGGCUGUUGCAGCUUAUCGAGAGUUGUGCGGGACUGCUGGGAUCACCUCUGUCAGGGCUGCUCCGAGACAUCACGGGCAACUACAUGGCCUCCUUCGUGGUGUCGGGUGCCUUCUUCCUCCUCAGCACUCUGACCAUGGCCACGUUGCCCCACUUCUUCGCCCGCACGGAUCCGCCGCUGCUGCCGGUUAUGCCGCCAAUGGUGCCAGACGCCGAGACGCAAAGUCCCAGCUCGGAGACUGAGCCGAUGAAUGAGUCGCCCGGUGACUCCAAUCAGUGAGGGGCCACACAGCCACUCCUCAAAAAAAAAAAAGAAUACGGGUUAGAGAAGGUCAAAGUGAAGCUUAUCCUGUUGCCUUUUUAAGUUCAUCCUGUGAUUUCAGACCAAACUUUUUGCCAGGAGUGAACAUGAGGAGGGCAAAUGAUUUACAUUUGUACAUUGUCAUUGAAAUGAAAUGUUUUUCCAAUUCCAUGUAAACUGGGAAUCUAUUGAAGAUGGUAGCAGCAUACUCCACUGGUGUUAAAUUGACGCACCCACCGGUGCCCAAAAAAGUAGUCCCAACGAUAUUCAUAAGAAUGAGCUUUACGCACGUCCCUCACACUCAGGAGUACAGGACCGCUGUUACUUAAGUGCCUUAGACAAUAAUUGUGUCUUUAUUUUGUAGUUAUGAGGAAGAUAAUAAAUGCUGGUUACUUGA